UCACGCUCCAUUCAUUAGUUACUCACAUGCUCUUUGUCAAACAAAAAUGUCCCUAUUAUGCAGCUGCCCUUAGCAUUUUGCUGACUUGUUGGGCAACAGACAAGCGCAGUCAGUCUUUUGGGAGACGACGGAGUGGAGACGUUGCUGCUCGUACUUGAGGUGAACAGCGCACCCCAGGGGUAGCCAUGGUCGGGGCCCCGUCACUCCACCAAGCGGCGACUCUCCUCUGGUUCUGGACAGUGGCUGUUGGGAUGCCAGACCCGACUUGGCGGGACCAGCUGAUGCGCCAGGAAGCCAGCCGACAGACGGGAGGCAAGGUGAUGCUCACUCCAGCCGAGCGUAGGCUGGAUGCCAAGCUUCAUCAAAUGAAAGAGCAAGAAAUGUCAGGUGACGUCUUCCCACCUGCCCUCCACUUCUUUAAAGCCAAGCCUUUCAUCCAGAGAAGCUCCAUCUUCAAGUUGCUGCAGGAAAUGCCCAAAGGCGCCGCUCUUCACGUUCACAGUUCCACUCUUGUGAGCGUGGAAUGGCUGGUGAAGAACGUAACGUACCGGCCGCACUGCUACGUCUGCUUUACGUGGGACAACUCUGUGCGCUUCAUCUUCUCCCAGCGACAACCUUUCCCACGCUGGGAUUGCUUCUACUGGCAGCUGCUGCACACCCUCAGGGCCAAGAACGCAGACCCGGCUGCCUUCGACACCAGCUUGAUGCGGCAUCUAACGCUGGUCACUGAAGACCCCGAUGGCGACUACCCAAACCAGGACGUUGUGUGGGAGAAGUUUGAGAAGGCCUUCAUUGCUAUGGCCGGCCUGAUCAGGCACGCCCCCGUGCUGAGGGACUACUUAUCUCAAGGCCUUUAUGAGCUCCAUCAGGACAACAUCAUGUAUCUGGAACUCCGCAGUGGUCUGUCCAAGGCGUAUGAGCUGGACGGAACGAUCCAUGACAAGAUGUGGACGCUGAGGACCUUCCAGGAAGUCACAGAGAAGUUUGUCAAAGAUCAUCCUGACUUUCUUGGAGUUCGCCUCAUCAUGACAGCGCACAGAGCUUUGAGUGCCUCGGAGGUGAAAGUGGCAGUGAAGGAGGCCAUUGAGCUGCAGAAGUCAUUCCCUGAUGUGGUUGCAGGAUUUGACCUGGUGGGCAGGGAGGACAGUGGCAGGCCGCUAUGGUACUUCCGGGACGCUCUUUCCCUGCCUGACCAACUCGGCGUCACGCUGCCCUACUUCUUUCACGCGGGAGAGACCAAUGAGGAAGGCACCGAGGUGGAUCAGAACAUUCUGGAUGCGCUCGUAUUCAAUACCAGCCGCAUUGGCCACGGAUACGCACUGGCGCACCACCCGAUCGCGAAGGAGCUCUCCAGGAAAAGGAAUGUGGCGGUGGAACUGUGCCCCAUCUCAAACCAGGUGCUAAAAAUGGUGUCAGACCUGCGGAACCACCCUGCAGCGGUGCUCAUGUCCGAGGGCCACCCGAUGGUGAUCAGCUCAGACGACCCAUCCAUGUUUGGCACCACAGGCCUGGCGUACGACUUCUAUCAAGCCUUUAUGGGCAUUGGGGGCCUGAAUGCAAACCUGGGCACCCUGAAAGAACUGGCCCUCAACUCCAUCAGGUGGCGCUCUACGUGCACAGCUCCUUGUUUUGGUAGGUCAGUUCACACCAGCUUCUCUCUGCCCGCAGGUACAGCUCGCUGCCGGACCAUCUUAAGGACGUGGGUCAGGCCCUGUGGCAGAAGAAAUGGGAUGCUUUCGUUUCAGCUCAGCCUUGAGCCACAUGGACCCUUUUUUGCGGGAACAUUGAGCUUGUGAUGAUUGUCGGAGCCAUCCUUGUGGUCAUCUGUUUCAAUUGGACUUGAAGCCCAUCCUCGGUAGGAUGACAUAACCACCCGAAAGACAUUUGAUAAAUAAAUAUCCUUUUUUCUAUUUUAGAUAUUGCUAACCACAUAAAGUGUAUGCUAAAGCUCACCAUGGCAGCCGGCUUAACUGUGUUGGAAUGUAAGACCACGUGACUGGCCAAGAGAGUCAUCUUUUGGUUUUGCACUCGGUUAAAUUGCGGCUUUAAGCUGGAUUUUAGCAUUACAAAAUGUUUUCACACUUUUUUAAAUUUAUGUAAACUAUUUUGAUACUUUUUUUAAACAAUUUUGUAUUUUAUUUGAUGCAUGUUUUAUAUAUAAAUAAUGAAAAAGAAA